AUGAACGGAAUGAAGGAUGAAAUGUUCGACUCGUCGCUUAUCUCAAGAUUUCAGAAAGAAAUUGAGCCAGGAUAUGUUCUCCGACCGCUCCAAAUGAAUGACCAUCAGAACGGGUUUGACUUUGCUAAUUUUCAGUUAACCUUAAACCUGAAAUACAGGUAUCUAGACUUGCUAUCCCAGCUAACGUCUGUUGGAGACGUGGACGACGAAUGGUUCGAGAAGAGAUUCAUUUCGAUGCGCGACACAAACCCAAAGGCCUACUACGUUGUCGUUCUGGCCGACGAGAAGUUCGUGUUUUCGAUCAAAAAUAGGUUGAAUAAAUAGUUUCCAGAAAUGAUAGGAUUGUCGCGUCUGCUACUCUCGUCAUUGAGUGGAAGUUCAUUCAUCAGGCAGGAUGCAGAGGGCGAGUCGAGGACGUUGUUGUUGAUGAACAGUUGCGCGGCAAGAAGAUCGGCUCGUUACUGAAUCGCAUCCUCGUACAUCUAGCCCAGCAGGUUUCGUUUCGCGCUAAACUCAGCCAAUAGGAUGACCAUUUAUUUCUUAAUAAAAUCGACUCCAAUGAAUCAACAAUUAAAAAAAUACAGAGACAAUGAAAUAGCCGCACAACAGACUAAUUUUUAUUACUGCCUUAAUUUUGUAAUAUUUGAUCAUUCAUAAUAACAUAAGAAGGCGUUCAGAUUGGAGUCUACAAGCUCUCGCUUGAAUGUAAAGACAAGCUCAUCCCGUUCUACGAAUCGUUUGGCUACAAGAAAGACGAAGGGAACAACUUCUUGGUUCAACGAUUUGAUCAUUAG